AGACCAGGUCUCGGCGCCGCCCGGGAAAGAUCCCUGACCUCUUCCUCUUGAAGCUGUACAUUUAUAUAUAAUUUAGUUAUCGUUCCUCCGAGACUUCCCUCUUUCAGUGGAUCUGUUGAAGCAGUGAUGGUAGAGUAAAGGCAACAGAAUUCAGAUGGAAGAAGAAAGAAUGCUAAAAGCAAACUGGUUAUUGGUGGACUGGAAACUCACGGAAAUUUCUGCAGGAUCUGUGGUGGCGGCCGUACCGGCUUCAAGUGCAGCAGCAAUUCUGACCUUUUUUGUAGUGUGAAACGGAAAAGGUCAUUGAGACCAACUAGGGAAACAAAGGGUGUACGUCAUAUUCCGUGUUCGUGGCAGCAUCGAGAGAGGGGAAGGGAAAAAUAUUUGAAGAUAAAAACAAAAGCCUCUUUGAAAUUGGAUAGACAAGGUCGCCACGCGUGUUGCAAGGAAACUGGUGUAGUGAACGUGCAUCGCAGGUGUGCAGGUGUACGCAGAAAUGGCCACUUACGCCACGUACCGGCACGUAGAACUUGACCGUGUCGGCUUAGGCAAAAAGAGGGUCCUGAAGCCUCCAGGUGGUGGAUCAUCCAUCAGUUUUGGAGAAGACAGCGAUGAUUACAUGAAGCCCAAGGCCAAGACUACACCUGCCGAGGAAUUUCCAAAGGAGGAACCUGAGCAAGCUCCCAAGCUUGAAACUAACGGUAUGGACACCCCUGAGAAAGAUGGUGCUGCUGCCACCAAGGAAAGUAAUCCUAGCACUGCCACCAAUGGUUCCCUCACAAGUGGGUCUUCCACUCCCACAUCUAGAGUAGAUACUCAAUCCCGUCUCUUUGGAGAAGAGCCGCCAAAGGAGGCACAGUGCCGCCGAGUUCGAGAUCAUCAACGCAGCAACAUCUUUGGGGCAGAGGUGAACACGAAUCCCAAUGGAACACCCAACGGCUCUCCUAGGGCAGUGUUUUCUCGGACGUGGACACGCCGUGAUCCAGUCACUGGGGUGGGUGUCCUAUACUGGGACAUUCAUGCACCCCGUUAUGCACCAAGCAAGAGGAAAGCUGGAAACCCUGUCUCAUCAGAGACUCCUGAGACUAAGACCACAGAGCAGCCACAGCCGCAGCAGAAACAGCGCAUCCCUCCAGGUGGCUUCUCCACCAAACUCUGGUAGAUGGGCAUCCCUGGACCUGGAAACCCCUAACUCCACUAAGGCUCUUCGUAGCAGGCAUUAACCUCUCAAGGGAUCAUGACUAUUUAGGGGAUGCUAACCUUGAAAUUGAACUAGCAUGUAGAAAAGCUGUUUGCAGUCUCAUAGCACAUUAGAUUGACUGUAGUUAAUUUUUUAAACUUUUUGUAAAAGGGUUCCAAAUAUUUGCAAAGACAAUGUUGGGAAAGAAGUGUGGAGACUAAUGAGCAAGUGAGCAUAAUGUCAUAAGCCUGAUUUGAGCAGCUUUGCUUCAUCAGGUAUCAUUAGCAACAAGUUUAUCCUAGUUGUGUAGGUUUUUGUUAAUCAGUUCAGAUUAUACUUCUUAAUAUUUCAUAACCAUUGUGUGUACUAAAAUAAUGCAUAGUAAAUUUUGUUUAUAGAUAUAUUUUACUAUCUUUCUAGUUUUAAUCUAAUAUGCGACUCAUUGCCAGAGACAGCAAUCACUGAUAAGCUUGCCUAUUUCAUAUUAUGGUAAGGGUUUUUGUGCUUCUGCCUUCUUGCCUCUCAACAUUUUUUAUAUUAAUUUCAAACAUUUAGCUUGCAUCUGCAGUUUGGAGAAACCGGUUAGAUGUUAAAUUUCAGCCAGUUGAAAGUUGCUCAACAAUACUGUUUGAAGAGAAUUCAUCGUGGAGUGGAAGCUUAGUCUCGAAGUUUUACAAUGUGUUAACAAGGAAUGCAAUAGGAUUCAUCAUGCCCAUUCCACUUAGUUUUUAAGAAAAAGUAUCCUUGCAAUCCUGACGAUAUAGUGGAUUAAGUAUGAAUUUGUGAUACACUUCCAUCUGUCAUUCUAUUUUCUAUGAAAGCUAUACACUGUCAUUAUUAUAAUGAUUUGCAGAAACAAUUUAGCAGUUCAUGCAAAAUGCUGUAUUUUAUUUAAUUUAAUUUUUUUUUUUUUUUUACAUCCCCUUCCGUGAUUACAUUGUUAGCAAAUUCCAUCAAGUCUGUGAUAUUUUUUUCUUUUACUGGAAGGAUUAGUGAGUAUGCAAUUCACCCAUUUGAUGUGACAUUAGGAAAUCUGUAAUGAGAUGAAAUGUAACUGUGGGAACUCUAAUAAAAGGAAUUAUAAUGCUUAAUUUGGCGCAUGCAGAAAGAAGUCAUUUGUAUGAAUUUCAAUAAAUUGAAUCACUCA